AAAAUAAUGGAGUUGGAUUGUGUUGUAGCUAUUUUAGUUAUAUUUUGUUGUUCAUUCGUUACGCUUCAGGCGAGUGAAGAAAGUAUCAAAAUGGGCAAAUCAAUUACUGGUAAUCAGAAAAUGAUUUCAGCUGAUGGAAGUUUUGCGUUAGGCUUCUUCACUCCGCGUAAUUCUACAUUCAUUUAUCUUGGCAUAUGGUACAAUACGAUCCCUGAACAAACAGUCGUUUGGAUUGCUAAUAGAGAAUCUCGAAUUCCUCAGAAUUCUACUGUUGUUUUCACUAUUGGCAAUGAUGGGAAUUUAGUGAUUUUUGACGUAAAAGAUCAACUUAUUUGGUCAUCAAAUGUUUCAUCCAUAACUUCAAAUUCUACUGUAGGAGCACUACUAGAUAAUGGAAAUCUAGUGCUCCUACAUGGUGAGUCUGAUAUAUUGUGGCAGAGCUUUGAUCAUCCUACCGAUACGUUUUUGCCUGAUAUGAAAGUUGGUUAUAAUAGAAAAACAGGACAACGAAUUCUGAUCAAUUCGUGGACAAGUAGUGAAGAUCCUCGGCCUGGAAAUUUCUCGUUUGGGAUAGAUCCUGAAGGGCGGACGCGUUUUUACAUAUUGAAGCAGAACAGAAUUUAUUUUAGGUUUGAUGAUAGUAAUGAAUACUCUGGAGGGAAUAUAGGAGGAAUUGCUUGGUAUAUUUCUGUUGUUUCGGGGAAUGAUGGAGCUUUUGUUACUUAUGGUUAUACCAAAGGGUUGGUAACAUUAAGGAUUGUUUUGCAUCCUAAUGGUUACCUUCAGUUGUUGGUUUGGCAUCGAAGUGCUAAUAAGUGGAUAGUUAAACUUCAGGUACCAGAAUCUCCUUGUGAAGGUUACGCGGAGUGUGGUCCAUUUGGCAGUUGUGAGGUUAGAUCAAGUGGAUUAUGCAGAUGCUUAACUGGAUUUGAACCAAGAUUUUCGACAGAUUGGGAGAACGGGAAAUGGAAUGAUGGUUGUGUUAGAAAAGUAGCAUUGAGUUGUGAUGGCGGAGACAUAUUCUUGAAACAUGACGAGGAUAUGAAGUUUCCGGAUCAUGCUAUCUCGUUAGGACAUAUGAGCAUUAAGGACUGUGAAACGCGGUGUAUAAGGAAUUGUUCUUGCUCAGCUUAUGCUUAUUCGAAUAGCACUUGUUUAAUUUGGUUUGGAGAUUUACUGGACCUUUCACACAACUUUCCUGCUGGCAGAGUUCUCAAUGUUCGAGUUCGUGGCUCUGAGCCAGUUAGUCACGGUGGAUCUUGGAAUUCAGCUCACAGACACAAAGUUUUCGUUGCGAGAAUUGUUUCUGCAAUAUCUGUCAUCUUUGUUCUUAUAAGUAUUUUUUUCAUUAUCUUCAAAGGAAAGCACUUGAGAAGACAAGGCUGGAAGAAUGGAACUAAAGCUUUCAUUAGGUCCGUGUCUGGUUUAUAUUCGGUUGAAAAAAGCGAUAUGAAAUUGCUGCAAUACAAUCUUCAGAAAAUAAGAGAGGCUACUAACGACUUUCAUGGAGAACACAAACUUGGAGAAGGUGGAUUUGGUCCUGUGUUUAAGGGGUUUUUAGAUGAGUUCGGAGACGUAGCCCUCAAAAGACUAAGCAAGAGGUCAUCACAAGGACUGGAGGAGUUUAUGAAUGAAUUGAAGCUAAUCGCGAAACUGCAGCAUAAGAAUCUUGUCAGCCUCUUAGGAUGCUGUGUUGAAGGGGAGGAAAAGAUACUAAUCUAUGAGUAUAUGUCCAAUUGCAGCUUGGACAAAUUUCUGUUUGACCCUUCGUUAAAGUUUACACUCGAUUGGGUUACACGUUUGGGGAUCAUAGAAGGAAUUGCUCAAGGAAUGCUGUACUUGCAUAAAUACUCGAGAUUAAAAGUCAUCCACAGGGACUUAAAAGCAAGCAACAUUUUGCUAGAUCAAGAGAUGAUCCCUAAAAUAUCAGACUUUGGAAUGGCAAGGAUUUUCGGAACUGAUCAAACACAGGCCAAUACAAAUCGAGUCGUUGGUACAUAUGGCUAUAUGUCUCCGGAAUACGUAGUAUAUGGACAAUUUUCAGAGAAAUCAGAUGUUUUCAGCUUCGGAGUAUUGCUGUUAGAAAUCCUGAGUGGUGAACGUAACUCAGACUUUUUUAAAAUGACUGAAAUUUCCGCGUCCCUCUUAGGAUGGGCAUGGAAUAAGUGGAAAGAAGGAAAAAUCUUGGAGUUGAUCGAUCCUUCCAUAAGAGAAACUUGCGACAAUAACAAAGCAACAAGAUGUAUACUAGUUGCCCUUCUUUGUGUUCAAGAAAUCCCUAUUGAUCGACCAACAAUGUCUGAUGUAUCAUUCAUGUUAAGCAACGAAACAACGCCUAUCCAUGAACCAAAAGAACCUGCUUUUCGUAGCAGUUGGCAAUCUCAGCAGUUAAGUGAUGUAUCCAUAAAUGAGAUGACGAUUACCUUGCCAAAACCGCGAUGAAAUGAUUUAAUUUCUCCUAUUCUUUUUCUUGUUAGCAUAGAACUGUCAUAAUUUUUUUUUGUGGAACUUACAAAAGUGUAAUUCUGGAAGAAAUAUAAACUAAAUUUCUCUGUUUA